GGCCAGACGCGGCACAGCGCCAUGCCGGUGAAUGUCAGCUUCAAGGUGUCGGGCUCCGGUGGGACUUCAUUCUCACUGGAUUUGGAGCCUUCGAUGACCAUCAAGGAAGUCAAGGAAAAGGCUCAUGAACCGUCUGGAAUAGAGCCGGGCCAGAUGAAGCUGAUCUUCAAGGGGCGGAUCCUAAAGGAUGAUGACACUUUGGAGUCCACCAAGGUGGAAAAUGGCAAUACGAUGCACGUGGUGAAGUCAGCCCCAAGCGCCACCCCGGCUCCUACGUCGACCCCUGCAGCCACUGAUACCACGCCAGCCACGAUGCCACCGGCUGCUGCACCCACCCCGGCCGCGAAUCCAAUGGCAGCUUUGUUGGGCGGUAUGGGCGGAGCCGGUGGAGCUCCCGGAGCUGGUGGAGCUGGUGCGAACCCCAUGGCAGCCAUGAUGAACGACCCUGCUGCCAUGCAGGCCGCCAUGCAGAUGAUGGGCGGCAUGGGUGGUAUGGGGGGUAUGGGCGGCAUGGGCGCCCCUGGAUAUGGCGGACCCGGUGCACCAGGUGCAGGUAUGGGCGGUGGUUUCGAUCCAAAUAUGGUGGCAACCAUGCUGCAGAAUCCCGGGGUGCAGCAGAUGAUGCAAAAUUUGGCGUCCAACCCUCAGCUGAUGCAGCAGAUGAUCCAGAACAAUCCUAUGUUGCAGCAAAUGUCGCAGCGCGACCCGAUGUUCGCCCAGAUGAUGCAAAACCCAGAGCUCAUGCGAACGAUGCUCAACCCCCAGAUGUUACAGGGCCUCCUGCAGAUGCAGCAGGCCAUGGGCAACGCUGGCAUGGGCCCUGGUGCCCUGGGCGGUGGUGCCCUGGGCGGUGCCCUGGGCGCACCGGGCGCCACCCCGGGCGCGCCGACGGCGGGCGCCCCGGCGCGACGGCGGGCGCCCCGGGUGCGACGCCGACGCCGGGGAUGCCGCCGGAUGGAUCCAAAUGCCAUGGCUGCUGCGAUGCAGGCAAUGAUGGGAGGCAUGGGUGGAGCUGGAGGUAUGCCAGGGCUGGGUGGCAUGGGAGGACCCCUUGGUGGAGCAGCUGAUGGAAGGCCUGCGGAAGAGAGAUUCGCCACACAGUUGGAGCAGCUGACCAAUAUGGGCUUCCCAGAUCGACCCUCCAACAUCCAGGCUCUACAGAUGGCCAACGGUGACGUGAACCAGGCCAUCAACUUUCUUUUGGGCGGCGAUGCCCCCUGA